UUUGACAUGUAGCCGGAUGUUGUGUGUGACGUCAUGGUGUGCGCAUGUCCACCCCGUUGCCACACACGUGAAGUCUGAGAAGGGCGAGACUUGGGUGAAGUUAUGUCGAAAGCUAAACAAAAACGAGCCAAACGUCUCGGCUUCCUCGGAAAACUUAAGACUACAGAUGGACAAAAGGGUGAUGCUUCAGGGCAGCCAAAGAAUUCAGAGAAGUCAUCUGUGCACCAUGUCAAAGCCCAAAGAAAUCCAGAAGAAAUCAGGAAACAAAGGCUUCAGGACCUCCAGGAAAAGCAGAGAAUCUCUAGAGAACGAGAGCUGAUGAAGAGGAGGAAUUUGCAAAGCUUUCAGAAUGACAUCCUACAGCGACAAAGAGAGUUUGAGCACAGGGAGAUGGAGAUGCAGAGUUUGGAGAAGCAUGUUAAUUUUGAAAAUGAGAAUUCAAGAAAAGCAUAUUACAGAGAAUUUAAAAAGGUAGUGGAGGCCUCAGAUGUGAUUUUGGAAGUUUUAGAUGCACGUGACCCUCUUGGCUGCAGAUGUCCUCAGGUGGAGCAGGCAGUCAUUCAAAGUGGAACCAACAAGAAGAUAGUUUUAGUGCUUAAUAAAAUUGAUUUGGUGUCAAAGGAAAUUGUGGAAAAGUGGAUUAAGUAUCUUCGUAAUGAGUUUCCCACAGUAGCUUUCAAAGCAUCUACACAGCAACAGACCAAGAACUUGAAACGCAGUAACGUACCAGUGACACAAGCCACCACAGAGCUUCUUAGUAGCAGCGCCUGUAUUGGUGCAGAUUGCUUGAUGAAGCUACUUGGCAACUACUGCCGCAACCUAGACAUAAAGACGGCCAUCACUGUAGGUGUUGUAGGCUUUCCAAAUGUGGGAAAGAGCAGUUUGAUCAACAGUUUGAAACGGGCACGAGCGUGCAGUGUUGGAGCCACUCCUGGUGUCACCAAGUGCCUUCAAGAGGUGCAUCUGGACAAACACAUUAAGCUUCUAGAUUGCCCCGGCAUCGUCAUGGCAACUUCAACGACUGACGCAGCAAUGAUUCUUCGCAACUGUGUGAAAAUCGAACAGCUUGUAGAUCCCCUUCCACCUGUUGAAGCCAUCCUGCGACGCUGCAACAAGGCGCAGAUCAUGGAGCACUACGGAGUUCCAGACUUUCACACAACUCUGGAGUUCUUGUCAAUGCUUGCUCGACGUCAAGGAAAACUAAGAAAGGGAGGACUGCCUGACACUGACAAAGCAGCUAAGAGUGUGUUAAUGGACUGGACUGGAGGAAGGAUCAGCUACUUCACGCACCCUCCAGAGACACACACUCUUCCCACACAUGUCAGUGCCGAGAUUGUUACAGAGAUGGGUAAAGCUUUUGACUGGGAUGAGCUGGAAAAGGGAAACCAGGAGGUUCUUGCAGAGUCAUCUUGCCCUGAUGUCCAAAUGGGAUUCUGCAUGGAAAACACUGGAAUGACACAGGGUGGCCAGGGCGAAGCACCUUCUGACUUGGAAGUGGUGGGGGGAUCCUUGGAAGAGCCAGAAUUUAAAGAUGAAACUGAAUCUAUGGAGGAUGAGCAGGACCCAGAGUUCGGACCAAUGACGGUGGAGAUAAAAUCUCAGAAGUCAAAGACGGACUUAACUGCAAAUGAUGCUGCAUCCAGGGCUCCAGGUUUGAAGGAUAUCUUGAAUGUAGAUCCUCUACAGCAGGGCCAGGCUCUCCAGGCUGCCAGCAAGAAAAGAAAAAAGCAACAGAAAAGAGCUGACAAAAUUGCCACCAAACUCUCAGACACCUUGACAUCUGCAAUGGACUUCUCAUUUUCAGAUAGCUGAUUAAAAUGGAUUGAAAUAAAAGAUUAAAAUAAUUCAU